AAUAGGAGCAAGAGAAGAAGAGAUACACUGAGAGAGAGAGAGCUCAAUCCAAUUUUUUUUUUUUUGUAUUCGAUCGCAAUGUCAAGAAGACGAAGUAAUCGUGUCAAAAACAGUAGAUACGUCACGAGUCCUGGACGUGUUACUAUUAUUGAUGAUUGUGAGGAAGAUGAGUUCUUACACCACAGGUCAUGUUGGAAGCAUAUUGCUGUUGUGAAUAAACGUCUUCCAAAACCGAAGCGAGCCAAGGAGUUGAAGAUAUUCGAAUCAACUGCUCCUUGUUUCUAUGAUGAAUGCAUACGCCGUGGAAGGUCUAAACGAAGAAUCAAGUGCAAGUUUUUAGUUUCCAAGCUACGGAAAAAACUUAAUUCCAAAGCAUUUGUAGGUUACUUAGAUGAUGUGAAUAGGGAUGUAUGGAGUGGCUUCUCGGAUGAGAAAAAGAACUCUUUUGUCUACUUAGAUUGUUUAUGGUUCAGUAUGUACAAAAGCGAAAACCAUAAGAUUAGAAGCAGUGUUUUCGAUUCCAUCAAGACUAGGCAGAUCUUCUCGAAGAAAUAUGUUUUUCUUCCUAUCGUCUACUGGAGCCAUUGGACAUUGUUGAUCUUUUGCAAUUUUGGGGAGGAUCUUGAUUCCGAUAACACUUGCAUGUUGUUUCUUGAUUCACUACAAACAACUGACUCUUCGCAGCGGCUUGAACCAGAUAUAAGAAAGUUUGUGUUGGACAUGUAUAAAACCGAGGGAAGAACUGAAGACCCAAGAUUGGUUGAUGAAAUCCCACUCCAUGUGCCAUUGGUUCCGCAGCAGACAAAUGAUGUGGAAUGUGGGAGCUUUGUCCUCUACUACAUCCAACGGUUUAUAGAAGAUGCCCCUGAGAAAUUCAACGUCGAUGAUAUGCCAUAUUUUAUGAAAGAGGACUGGUUUAGCCAUAAAGACUUGGAAGAGUUCUGUGACAAACUUCAUUCUUUGGGGACCAUUCAUUGACUAAAGUGAUAACUUCUUCUAAUGGCGUUAACACAUCAGCAGAGCGCAGAAGAUUGGGUACAGCUUGGAAUAUGAGAAGAUAAACUUGGAAAGAUUCAAAAGGCUAAAAGAAAUUCUGACUAAGUUACUAGUUGGUAUGGAUUAUCAAACUUCAUUAGGAGGAAUCUAAGAGUUGUCUUCUUCUAUGCGUAGAAAUCUUUCUUUUUACGUGUUCUCUGAUUUAUCUAUCAAACUGUUGCUUUGUUUUUUCCCCGGGGUUGCCUGUUGUUAGUGAUGUUUAGCGGCAACCAAUUGAUUCUUUUUCCUUGGAUCAUUGAUUAGUAUAGAAAUAUGAAUGGAAAUUUUCUGAACCUUCGAA